AUGCAGCAGCAAACACGGUACUCCCCGUCGAUGGAGGGCGGGCAGAUGAACCCAACCAUCAUCCCUGGGCGACGCAGAAAGCAGGCGUUCUUCUGGCGAAGCGGGAAGAAAAUUCCAUGGGUCACAUACUUGAUGACGACUAUUCAGAUUGCGGUUUUUAUUGCCGAGCUGGUGAGAAAUGCCCAAUUGACCGGAACGCCCAUCGAGAUCCAUCCUUCGUUUAACCCGAUGAUCGGUCCGUCCCCCUACGUGCAAAUCUAUAUGGGUUCGCGGUUUGUGCCAUGCAUGAAGAACAUCAACGGGGUACAGAACGCCAACGAGACGGUCUACUGGAACUGUCCGAACACGACCACCUCGGACUCGAGCGCGGCCAGCAAUCACUGCACGCUGUCAGAGCUGUGCGGUUUCGACGGGGUGCCCAAUCCGCACCCCGGGGGCUCGCUCAGCGACCGACCGGAGCCCAACCAGUGGUUCCGCUUCAUCAUCCCCAUGUUCAUCCACGCCGGUUUUAUCCACAUCGGCUUCAACCUGCUGACCCAGCUGACCGUCGGCUCCGCCAUGGAGCGCUUGAUCGGCUGGUGGCGCUACGCCAUCGUCUAUCUGGCCAGCGGUAUCUUCGGCUUCGUCAUGGGCGGCAACUACGCCGCUCAGGGUAUCUCGUCCUGCGGCUGCUCUGGCUGUCUCUUUGGCAUCCUCGCCCUCGAGCUACUCGACCUCCUCUAUACAUGGAAGCAGCGGCCCUCUCCCUGGGUGGAGCUGGUCAUCAUGCUGGUCGGUGUCGCCGUCUCUUUCUUCCUCGGCCUGCUUCCGGGUCUUGACAACUUCUCGCACAUCGGGGGUUUCCUCAUGGGCCUCGCGCUCGGCCUGUGCCUCAUGCGCUCGCCCAGCUCCUUACAGGAGCGCAUCGGCCUGGCUGGAAACCCCUACGUUGCCAUGAGCGGUGGGGCUGGCCCUGGCGCGAGCGACGACGACAACAAUAGCACCAACAACAAUGGGAACAACAACAACAACAACAACAGGAACGCGAACAAAGCCACCCGCCCAGCCACCAGCAUCACCGACUUCCUCAAGGGUCGCCGCGCCCCCGAAGGACCCAGCUCACUUCUCGACGUCUUCCGUGGCCGCAAACCCCUCUGGUGGGCGUGGUGGCUUGUCCGCAUCGGCUCCCUCGUCGCCAUCCUCAUCGGUUUCAUCCUCCUCAUCGUCGACUUUUACAAGUACGCCAGUUCGACUUGUUCGUGGUGCUAUCGGCUCAGUUGCUUGGUAAUAGGUCUUCCUAGUACCUUUGCCGGCGUCGUCCUCUACCUCCUGCUGAACGCCUCCUACAGCGUUGCGGUCUUCACCGAUCCCGGGUCCCCUGCGAAUCCACGCUCGAACACCUCGCGACAUGAAUAUAGCGCGUUACCCGUGACGGAGAUGCCGGCAUCGACGGCGUACACGGCGUACACGGUCAACUCGGCGGGCGGGUCGCGGUUCUGCAAGAAAUGCCAGUGUCCGAAACCCGACCGGGCGCACCACUGCUCGACGUGCAAACGGUGCGUGCUGAAGAUGGACCAUCACUGUCCCUGGCUGGCGACGUGUGUCGGGCUGCACAACUACAAGGCGUUUUUGUUGUUUCUCAUCUACACCUCUGUGUUUUGCUGGGUGUGUUUCUUCGUCUCCGCAGGCUGGAUCUGGCACGAGGUGUUUGGGCCCGACGACUCCGGCACUCUCGACAACUUUCUGCCCAUUGGCGUUGUCUUGCUGUCCAUUCUCAGCGGUAUUAUCGGGCUUGUUCUCUCGGGGUUCACAGUCUGGCAUAUCAGCCUUGCCCUGCGGGGCAUGACUACUAUCGAGUGUCUGGAAAAGACGCGGUACGUCUCGCCGCUGCGCAAGGCGCUGAACAGCCAUCGCUUCGAUACCUCGCACGGCAACCAUAAUAAUCCUGCCGAGCAGGAGGGUCUCGCCCACCGACUACAGGAGUACGGCAACCAGAUUCUAGACGCGCACGCCAACGCUAUUCCCGGCGUGACCCGCGCGGAGGAAGGCGAGGAGCGCGCGUCGCCCGUGCCGACCAGCAACCCUUCAACGCUCUCACCUGCCCAGCAGGCCCUGUCACGCUCGUACGUCGACCUCGAGCGCCAGCGCGAGACCGACCGGUACCACGACUACCUGGAGGAACAGGACAACGAGAAGCUACCGAGCGCCUUUGAUCUGGGCUGGCGAGGUAACCUGGCCCACCUGUUCGGCCCACGCCCGCUGCUCUGGUGGCUGCCUGUGUGCACGACCACAGGCGACGGCUGGCACUGGGAAGCCAGCCGCCGGUUCCUCGAGGCCCGCGAGCAGAUCCGGCGGAACCGCGAGCAGGAAUUGGCCUCUGAGCGCGAGUAUUACCGUGAUCUGUACCAACGCAAUCUGAACAACAGUCGCAGCUGGGGCAGCAACCAUAGCCGCAACAGCAGUAGCAACAAUAACAACAACAACAACCACCAGUCCGUGGCGGUGGGUAUCCCCGGCCGCACGCUGGAUGUCUCGAGCGAUCCGGAACGCCCAGCUACGGGCGUCUCCAUGAAAACGUUACGACCCAUGUCGCCGCGCCCGCGGCCGGGAGAGAGCGACUACUCGGACAACGAUGAGGAGUUCGAACAGACCGAGCACAGCGCGGCGCGUAUUCAAGGGUCUGAUGAAUGGCGUGAUUGGGAUUAG